AUGGCGCAGGUUGCCUCCGGCCAGGGACCUGUUGAGGCAAGGUCUCUGUCGUCAAUUACUGCGAUAGCCUCCAAUCCCCCCGCAUAUCCGCGCAAUCCGACCCAGCAACCGCUUGAUCCGCUCGUGCUGUAUAUUGUCCGAGUCCCGGGGAGCAGAGACGUGUUCUUGACUCCUCUCAAACCUCCGACGAAGUCCAGUGUAUCCGCCGAGGCCAUCAAUUCAUCUCUAUACUAUUUGCAUGUUGCGAGCGCAGAGGAUGAGGCCGUGUUGCGAAGAAUUGAAUUAGAGCGCGAUCAAGAGCGGCAAGAAGCUGCUGCUCGCAGAGAACAACCGGCGAAUCGAUUGCCUGCCGCAGUUCUUUCGCGGUUGAACAGUUUCCGUCGCAAACCUGUUGGAGGGAAUACAGAGCCGGUUCCUCCCCCACCACCGCCGCAUCAAGAGGGAGUCGAAAGUACCCGGCCAGCAAGCUCUGAUUCUAUUCCACAGCAACCUGUCUCGCAACCUAACCAGACGUCCGAGUAUCGACCUUAUCGACCAGAUCGACCAGAAGCUGAGAAUGCGCAUACGGAGGAUCCGAUCAAGCAACCGGCGCCUGGUGAUCGACCGGUCCGCUCCACAACGGAGUUAAAUGACAAUACAAAUCGAUUUCGCAUUCCACGCCGUCCUCUUACUUCCUUGCCCAAGCAAACUGACUUGUCGCCUGGCGUUGCAGGUGGUAGUGCCCAACAUCAAAACAGGUGGAGCGCAGACCUUGGAUACUCGCAUAAGUGGCCUUCAAUAGCUAGUGACGACACCAAUUUACGCUUUCGGUCAAGUUUGGAUUCUCAACGACCCCAAGCAGUGCCAAAUCUGUCGUCCAAAGACCCUUCACUCAGGGAAUACGGUGUGCCUGCUGCCGACUCCCACCGGCGGAAGACGGAUAGCGCACGAGAUUCUAGUUUCCAUAUCACGCUUAUCCGCCGAGACCCUAGCCACGGGAGCCAGUGGAAUGUUGGGACCAUAUCUGGGUCUGACGCGGACAAGAGUGCGAUUGAAAUCGAGAUCUCUACACCAGGAUAUGGGAGAUUUGUGAACAACGACGACCCCCUGUCACUUGCCAGCUUAGGACUGAACCUUCCCUUGGCAAGCCGUGAUGGGCUCUCUUCAUCGACAUCAACCAUGCCAGCUUCUAUCCCAGCCACAAGGGCCGAGAAUGCUCCAUCUGGGACGGAUGUUGGUCCGAAGAAAUUCCGCCGAAAAGUUCUGGCUGUCAGCCACGGUCAUGGUCACCGACAUGACGAUUCGAGACAGUCUGUCGACCGGACGAACUCUGGGGUAGCUGAAUCUCACAUUUCGGCCAAAUUCGUGCCUCCCAGAUCUGAAAUGCAAACAUACGAUCCCUGGACCGUCGACGAGUGCCGAGAAUCCGGCAGUGACCGUGGCCGAACUACGAUUCAAUGUCCCAUUUCCUCUGGGCAUCCACCCCACGGCCAUCACCCAUCUCCAUCUCCUUCUCGGAGCCCCGGGAAUGACAAAACCAAGCGCAGCUCUCUAGCGCAGAUUUUCACCUCGAAUUUACAACGUGUGCGGCACGCUCGCCCAGGCUCUCGAUCUGGUCCUGAAUCACCUUCUGGACGGUCAUCAUUUCAUGUCCGCAUGCAUUCUGACACCAGUUCUGACGAUAAUACGCCGCCUGGAGCUGAUGAGGACCGGCUCGAUCUGUCGCUGGCGCGAGAACACGCUGGUGGUGGGUUGCGCGGUAAAAGCGCCAAGCUAGGGAAGCUGAUUAUCGAAGACGAAGGGAUCAAGAUGCUCGACCUGGUCGUCGCCGCUUGUAUGGGGGUUUGGUGGCGGUCUUAUUACCAGCCCUGA